AGGUCCAAUUAAGUAUGGACAAGCCCAAAAUGAAAGGAUUUAAUUUGGCCCAAAAACCAUUUGGGUCCAACAACAAUUAAAGGCUAGGGUUUCAGUAUAUGGGGAAAAUUUUGGAAACUCCAAAACCAAAAUCGUCGCUCUCUGCCUCUCUCGCAUCUCCAAAUCGAAAUCGCUCUCUGCCUCUCUUCGUCUCCGUCUCCAUCUUUGUCUCCGGUAAGUAACUGAAAGAUGGGGCGUGUUAGAACCAAGACCGUGAAGAAAUCUUCUCGUCAAGUCAUUGAGAAGUACUACUCUCGCAUGACUCUUGACUUUCACACUAACAAGAAGAUCCUUGAAGAGGUUGCCAUCAUCCCAUCAAAGAGACUCCGCAACAAGAUUGCUGGAUUCUCCACCCACUUGAUGAAACGUAUCCAGAAGGGACCAGUCCGUGGAAUCUCACUCAAGCUUCAAGAAGAAGAGCGUGAACGCCGUAUGGACUUUGUUCCCGAUGAGUCUGCUAUCAAGACUGAUGAGAUCAAGGUCGACAAAGAGACUCUUGAGAUGCUUGCUUCUCUAGGAAUGUCUGACACUCUCGGCAUCUCUGCAGUCGACCCACAACAAGCUAUGGCACCAAUCCCUGCUUUCGGCGGCGGCAGGGCACCCAGAAGAUACUAAGAUGGACGAUUGGCUCUCUUUUUUCACAGUUAGGGACAAGAAAGACUUGUGUGGUUGUUUAUUGUUUCUUUUGAUUAUGUCUUAAACUCAAUGUGAGACUCUUUCGUAUUAAUGGUUUUUGAGUUAUGUGGAACCAAAAUUGGAGUUCAAACAUUGAUGAUAGUCUCUUAUCAUAUAUCCUAGUUUUUGCAACCUGUUAAUCCAGGAGGUGACGGAAAACACCAGAAUGAAAUGUGUCCCA